CCCAGGAUCUGCUUUAAAUCACUCAGAAGACAACGCACCCUCGAAGGGCUGUGGACAUCUACGCACCUCUUCCAUUUCUUAAAUUAGCCCUACUAAGCUUCGAGAUACCGCCCCCAAUUUCAGUGUCGGUACGGAGCCGCCAGGCCGGGACAGAGACGGAGAGAGAGCCCUCGGCCAUGGAAGCGCUCGGACCCGGCCCCCCUGCUGCCCCUCCCUCCCUCUUCCAGCCACCACGGCGACCCGGCCUGGGCACCGUGGGGAAGCCGAUUCGCCUGCUGGCCAAUCACUUCCAGGUGCAGAUCCCCAAGAUCGAUGUCUACCACUAUGACAUCGACAUCAAGCCAGAAAAGAGACCACGGAGGGUCAACAGAGAGGUGGUUGACACCAUGGUCAGGCACUUUAAGAUGCAGAUCUUUGGGGACCGACAACCUGGAUAUGAUGGCAAGCGGAACAUGUAUACGGCUCACCCACUGCCCAUCGGAAGAGACCGGGUGGAUCUGGAGGUGACUCUGCCAGGUGAGGGGAAAGACCAGACCUUCAAGGUGUCUCUGCAGUGGGUAUCGGUGGUGAGCCUGCAGAUGCUCCUGGAGGCUCUCUCCGGUCACCUGAACGAGGUCCCUGAGGAUUCUGUGCAGGCACUGGAUGUCAUCACCCGUCAUCUGCCCUCCAUGAGAUACACCCCAGUUGGGCGCUCUUUCUUCUCCCCGCCAGAGGGUUACUACCACCCCCUCGGCGGAGGCAGGGAAGUGUGGUUCGGCUUCCAUCAGUCCGUCCGCCCGGCCAUGUGGAACAUGAUGCUCAACAUCGAUGUUUCAGCCACUGCCUUCUACCGAGCCCAGCCCGUCAUCGAGUUCAUGUGCGAGGUUUUGGACAUCCAGAACAUCAAUGAGCAGACCAAACCCCUAACAGAUUCACAGCGUGUCAAGUUCACCAAGGAGAUUCGAGGCCUGAAAGUGGAGGUUACUCACUGCGGUCAGAUGAAGAGGAAGUAUCGUGUGUGUAAUGUCACCCGCCGCCCAGCCAGCCAUCAGACGUUCCCCCUCCAGCUAGAAAAUGGCCAGGCCAUGGAGUGCACUGUGGCUCAGUAUUUCAAACAGAAGUACAGCCUGCAGCUCAAAUACCCCCACCUUCCCUGUCUCCAGGUGGGGCAGGAACAGAAGCACACCUAUCUGCCCCUCGAGGUCUGUAACAUAGUAGCAGGCCAACGUUGUAUAAAGAAGCUGACCGAUAACCAGACCUCCACCAUGAUCAAAGCCACAGCUCGCUCAGCCCCCGACCGGCAGGAGGAGAUCAGCAGGCUGGUGAAAAGCAACAGUAUGGUUGGCGGCCCCGACCCCUAUCUGAAAGAGUUCGGUAUAGUCGUUCACAACGACAUGACUGAGGUCACCGGGCGGGUCCUCCCAGCGCCCAUGCUGCAGUAUGGGGGCCGGAACAAGACGGUGGCUACGCCCAACCAGGGCGUGUGGGACAUGAGGGGCAAGCAGUUCUACGCCGGCAUUGAGAUCAAGGUGUGGGCCGUGGCCUGCUUCGCCCCUCAGAAGCAGUGCAGAGAGGACCUUCUCAAGAGCUUCACAGACCAAUUGAGAAAGAUCUCAAAGGACGCUGGCAUGCCCAUCCAGGGCCAGCCGUGCUUCUGCAAGUACGCCCAGGGAGCGGACAGUGUGGAGCCCAUGUUCAAGCACCUCAAAAUGUCCUACGUGGGCCUCCAGCUCAUUGUCGUCAUCCUGCCCGGAAAGACUCCUGUUUAUGCUGAGGUGAAGCGUGUUGGGGAUACUCUCCUGGGCAUGGCCACCCAGUGUGUCCAGGUGAAGAAUGUGGUGAAGACGUCCCCCCAGACCCUGUCCAACCUCUGCCUCAAGAUCAACGCCAAGCUCGGUGGCAUUAACAACGUCCUGGUACCCCAUCAGAGGCCCUCCGUGUUCCAGCAGCCCGUCAUCUUCCUGGGCGCAGAUGUGACCCAUCCGCCGGCGGGUGACGGCAAGAAGCCGUCCAUCGCUGCGGUGGUGGGCAGCAUGGAUGGCCAUCCCAGCCGCUACUGCGCCACGGUGCGUGUGCAGACUUCGCGGCAGGACCUGGCCCAAGAGCAGCUCUACAGCCAGGAGGUCAUCCAGGACCUCACCAACAUGGUGCGCGAGUUGCUCAUCCAGUUCUACAAGUCCACACGCUUCAAGCCCACGCGCAUCAUCUACUACCGAGGCGGGGUGUCUGAGGGACAGAUGAAGCAGGUGGCUUGGCCCGAGCUGAUCGCCAUCAGGAAGGCCUGUAUCAGUCUGGAGGAGGACUACCGGCCGGGCAUUACCUACAUAGUGGUGCAGAAGCGCCACCACACACGCCUCUUCUGCUCCGACAAGGCUGAGCGGGUGGGGAAGAGUGGCAACGUCCCAGCAGGCACCACAGUGGACAGCACCAUCACUCACCCGUCUGAGUUUGACUUCUACCUGUGCAGCCAUGCGGGCAUUCAGGGCACCAGCCGGCCCUCGCACUACCACGUCCUGUGGGACGACAACUGCUUCACGGCGGACGAGCUGCAGCUGCUCACCUACCAGCUGUGCCACACUUAUGUGCGCUGCACCCGCUCCGUCUCCAUCCCCGCGCCAGCCUACUACGCCCGCCUGGUGGCCUUCCGGGCGCGCUACCACCUGGUGGACAAAGACCAUGACAGUGCGGAGGGCAGCCACGUUUCGGGCCAGAGCAACGGUCGUGACCCUCUGGCCCUGGCCAAGGCGGUCCAGAUUCACUAUGACACCCAGCACACCAUGUACUUCGCCUGACCCAAGCCAGCAGGAGGCGCCCUUGCUCUCUUUUUAAAUACUCUUUGUUUAUCCACGCUCUUUUUCUGUCAUUUAUCUCUCUCUCUAUCUCUGUCUUGCGCGCGCGUCUUUUUCUGCGACGAAGCGGUUCCGUAAGCCAGCGAACCAGGCCGUCAGUCCAAGCCGAGCAGACCGGUCCCAACGGAACCGCCGUUCUACCAGCAAUCCAGCACUGAGAGGCUUUCGGGUUUCAAAUGCACACAGAAAAAAAACUUAAGAAAAAGAAAAAAAUAUUAUAACACACGCAUACACACACUCACGCACACAACAUAGGAAAACCCAAGUUGAGCCAUUUUUUUAGUUAAUUUCUUCAUUUUGAAUGUUGAAAUUUAUUAUUGUUGUCAUUGUUUGUCGUUUUAUGAUUUUAUUUCCUUUUUGUAAAGAUACACUGAGCGCGAGCAACACAGAGCUGCCAUCUUGGCAAGUGAAGCUUUGCCUCUUUCAGCUAAGCAGGACUCUCUUCACUUUUACCUCAAGCCCUCUGGGGCAACAAAAAUGUCACAAAUGUCUAUGGCGUUGGGCGGGCGGGCG